UCACAUAAUUUAAGAUUCGCAAGUUAAGAAUUCAAACGUAACGUACAUCGGCACUCGAAUAUCAUAGGUCAGGUUAGACAUACAUACACACAAACAUGUAUGGUUUCGUGGUGGCGGAGUUUGUUGUAUCCGAAACAGUUUCGACUGUUGUAAAAGUAGACCAAUAGUUCAAUAAAAUACAUAGAAGCCGGAACACGUUGUCAGCGCAUCGUCUGUGUUCGUUUGACCUUUAAAGGAUACAAGGAAAUCCAAUAUGUGAGGCUGUGAUGGUAAUUCCUAUCGAUUUUCCGCUACAAACGCAAACAGGACUUGCAAUCAACAGAUACACACAGUCGUUGCUUUGCAAACAGUAAACACUGGGCAAUGAAAUCGCCAACCGGGGAUAAAUCUACUCCGCCUGAAGAGAUAAAGGCACCGCGAACUCCCAAGAGUGUUGUGAGCAGAGACAAGGAUUCGAACAACCACCAUGUGGUGCCACUAGGCAUCCUCGUGGUCCUCUGCACUAUGUAUCUCAUGGUGGCCGGGUUGCAGCACAACUACAAGUACUACUUCAAGCCGGGCGUGGCUGCCCUCGAUUUGGACCAUCGCCCAACCAGUGACUCUCAGCCAGAAGCCAUGGAUGAGGAGCAGGAAGCCCAGGCUCCAGACACAUCUUGCCAGCAGAUGGAUGUUUUCGGCAGGAAAUCGGGUCGGAGUCCAUCAGCUCACCCAGUGUCGAGAAGAUCCCAAGGCAAGGCUACCAAGCGAACCAAAAAUGCCACUGGAAAUGGGGUCAGCAAGCAACCUCGUUUGGCCACAUCCCUGGAGGGCAACAAGAAAAAGGAUGCGACCAAGAAAAGCAAUACGGCGGAGCCCAUUAUCUAUCUGUUCGCCCUGGUAUUCAUCUAUCUGCUGCUGAAGGCCGCCUCUGACAUUAAUCAGCACUACAAAUCGCAGAACAAAGGGGACAAGCGCCUGCGCCGCUGCUCUCUGCAAUCCUAUGCUCAAAUCCACAAGCAAGAUCGACGGGCUUCAAAAGUUGAGGAGUCCCCGAUCUUCCGGCGCAAGCAUGUUCUCGGCGAGGAGCGUUCCGUGUCGGUGGAUCGCUACAAGUACACACAAAACGAGGAGGGAGGGUUCACAAAAACUGCUCCGAAGGUUCAGGAGUACCAUCACAGGGUCAUUUCACCUUUGGCCAGCAGGCCAAGUCACCCGCAUCCAUUUACGCCUGGUUCAGGAGACACUCGCUUUGAGCCACGCCUAAACCGACGAUCUUCGGUCCCGAUCAGCAUUAACUAUCAAACGGUUCACGUGUCAGGUCCAUAUCCACCCGAAUUGGCAAGACGCGGCUCGGUGAUAAGCCUCACUGGUCAGAUUCCAGACUUAGGUGCCAUGCCCGGUGGAACCAUUGACCCAAAACGCCGCGUACGAAUGAUCAAUCGCCAUUAAAGUCGAAGCACUAUCAAGCCAAAACCCAUCGAAACUGCAAAGAGACUACAGUUUUUAACACAAACAUUUUAAAUAGCACGCUUUG